AUGGAACAUCAAGCCACUGAUGCCUUAGUAGAAGCAGGCUAUAAGCAGAGUUCUUAUGAUCACUCUCUAUUCACAAAGGGAGAUGGAGAUGAUAUAGUCAUAAUCUUAGUGUAUGUAGAUGAUAUUCUCAUCACAGGGAGCAACAAGAAGAUGAUUGAUGAAGCUAAAGACACCCUUCAUAACAGGUUUAAAGUGAAGGAUCUAGAAAAGUUGAGAUUCUUCAUGGGGAUUGAAGUUUUAAGGUCUAAGUGUGGGAUUCUGCUUAAUCAGAGAAAAUAUGCUUUAGAAUUACUUGAAUACAUCGGCUUGAGUGGGUCCAAACCUGUUACUACACCACUAGAGGUCAACCUUAAACUUACAUCUAUUGAGUAUGAUACUCAUGUUGGGAAGUCUGAUGAUGAGAAGUUGACAGAUGCUGGAAGUUAUCAAAAAUUAGUGGGCAAGUUGCUAUAUUUGACUAUCACCAGACCAGACAUCAGUUUUGCAGUAUAA